AACCCAAAAAACAGUGUUUCAUGUUUGUGUGCCAUUAACCGUAUCUUGCAUUUGUUGAGGUUAGGUCAUCAAACGUGUAUUUUAGGCAAGAGCAAAGAGAUUUUUGCAUAAUUUCACUCUUGCCCUCCACUGGAGACUUAAAGCCAGGAUGAGUGAUCAAAGAUUCCUUAUUUUAAAAACAUCCUGAGCUGAACACUGAUGGUGUUUCACUUAGCGGCGGGAGACAGGAAAGCAUCUUGUUUUGUCAAGGGAUUACUGUUCUUCGCAGACACUGCUCGGCUUACAAGUGCUAUUCUGGUAGCAACGAGGCUUAAUUGUAUGAACGCUGUACUUUGAUUGAUGUAGACUUUAUGGGACUCUUUAUGUGGGUUUCUGUAUUGGGAUAACUUAUUAAACUAAUGUGUUAUUUAACAGGUUGGUAACGCUUUAUUUUACAGGUCUGCUGUUGCCUUAUAGUUUCCACCAACUUUUCUAGGAAGAAAUAUGAUUUGGUACUAGUUUUAGGACAAAGUUUUCCACUUAAAUAUUUAGUUUAGCAUUCAAUCAAAAUGCAUUAUACAUUCUGUAUUUGAUUAUAAUCAGUGGCAACACUUAACAAGGAUAAAAUAAAGUGUUACCAAUGUUUUUCUUGCUUGUUCUCUCAAAUAGACGGCUGUUCACUCUGAGAUUUCUAAUAAAAACAUGUCCCGAGUAAUUCCGAUCAACUCUGUGUUGUUUCAAAAUAAGAGCUGAAGUGAAAGGGAGUGUUUGUUCCAUGGUCUUAUAUGUGUCUAAACGGUUAAUAGUUAUAAUAAAACUGAGCAUUCGGUGGACAGUUCCCUUUAUAAAGGGCUUUUCUUCUAGCCUGGACUGGAUUUCAUAUUCACUUCCCUUCCUGUGAAAAGAAAACAGAGCCCUGAAUGCUUAUUAGGGCCAUGAAGCUGUGUUUUUUUUUUCUUCUUCUUCUACCACUUUUUUUUUUUUCACAUUCAGCAAUGUCCAACUGAAACAGACACCAGUGACUAUCAACAGAGCUGAGACGAAUGUAAACCUGGAGGAUGCAGGACCUCAUCUCAUGCUCCUGAUGACCAUAUAAAGCUAGACUUGUCUUGACUGAUCACAAACAUGACAAACCUCCAGCCUGAAAUCUGAAACGGCAGAAGUGGCGUGGCUUGCCGAGCAUUUGCCACUCUUUGCUGUGCUCUUCGUCCGCUCUUUCUCUCAGUACACUUUUUCCAGACUGGAACUCAUCCUCCACCAGAGGCCAUCAAAGCCAGAGACACUUCUUCUGCAGCACAGUGGAUGAUCCUGAGGGGAAACUAUGCUCCCGAUGGCCCUUCAUCUGAUUGGUCUGUGUGGUGUGUUUUGCAUCAGCCACAGCUCGGCCACACCUCUACCUUUCUACAACCUUCCAGAGGGAAGUACAGAUGAGGAAGAGUUUAGUAACUUUACUUCCUUUGUGCCCUUCAGCAACAGUUCCUCUGAAUAUGAAACCACACCAGUGGGCCCCAUACAUGUGGAAACUGACUUUCUGGGUCAAGUUGUGAACUUUCUGGAGGAGAACAUGCUCCUUAUCCUUGUCGUGGGCUCCUUUAUCCUUCUAGUCUUCCUUAUUAUCUGUGGAGCAAUUUUCAUGAGCCGCAGACGCAAAGUCAAUGCCUACUACCCUUCCUCCUUCCCCUCGAAGAUGUAUGUGGACCACAGGGACAAAACUGGAGGUGCUAAACCCUUUAAUGAAGUGCCAGAAAAACCUGCACCUGAGCAGCAAAGUGAGCCAGUGGACUCUCACAGGCAGCUCCAGGCAGACAUUAUGAGGGCUGCCAAGAGCUUGCGCACACCGAAUAAAUCUGUUGAUGCUGCAGAGGGAAGUGACUCCACUCAGAAAGUAGCAGACCAAAGUCCUAAGGACAGCUCUAAACCAGAUGGCAACAGCAUCCUGGACCAGCAGCUACCAAGUCUCCCAGAGGAAAAGGAGCUGAGUGAGAUCUUCGACAGUGAAGCAGCUGCAGCAGGCAGCCCUGAGCCGACUCCUCCAGAGGAAGAUGAUUCACGGGAGCCUCUGACUGGCAGGAAUCUCCGGCCCUCCUCUCUGCAUAUUCACAAUGACUCUGCUACGCUUCAGCUCAUCGCAGGAGAGAAAACUGCCUUCUAACUAACUCUGGACACUGUGACCUGAAUAAGCUGAAACCUUUUUUAAUUUUCAUUUUUCCAGUUUUCCAAGGGAAAUGCAUAAAAGUUGUGUUUUGCAAUAUUUUGUUUAUAUUCACAGCAGGGAAGAUAUAUGCAGCAGCCAAGCAAUAACCUCCGUGGUUGUGAACUGAAGCCAAAGCAGACGUGCCAAAAACUGCAGUUUCUCAAACGUCCACUUGAGGCUGGCUGCAGAACGAGUCAGUCUUCAUAAGUCCCCAUGUUAAAAUGUCCAACUUCACAGCAGAAAUAAACAUGUUUACAGCCUGGUACAAAAAACUGUUUUGGUCUAUGUAGCUAAUUUCACAGUUCUUGACAACUGUACUGAGGGUGAAUUUAUAUAGAACUCACUUGUUCAAAUUAUAUUAAGGCUUAGAGUUAUGAAUAACUGCUUUGACUGAGGUGGGUGCUGUUACAGAUGGCUUGUUUGAGCACCCAGGCUUCAGGUCAAUGAUCCACGUCUUUGC